AGGAAACAAGACCGAAUGUUUAAAACUAUUUGGUACACUCCUUAAAUGAAGAUAUUGUUACGGAAAUUCUAAAUCCAGCACAUUACGGAUAAUUAAUUUUCCCAAAUAAUAAAGUCCCUAGAGAGGGAAAAACCAAGUGCAUAUUCGCAGGCGCGUCUUGCAGCUGCCAGCCAAGGAAAACGAGUACCGGGAAAGCAGGUUAACGGAUUCCAUAAUUAUCUAGAACCAUAAUUAUCUACAGUGCAAUCGAGUAGAAAUUCAUUAUUAAAAACGAAGCCAUGAAAUUAGGUAAUAGUAAUAAACUCGUAAAAAUGUGAAUAUUUGCGGAAAGCAGAAUGAGUAGAAAAAGUAUUGUAAAAAAUAAAUUGUAAAUAAUUUUACUCUUAAGGAAUAUAAUCGUAAAAAAAAGGAUUUUGAUUAGUGGUACGAGUCCUAUCUUAGAAAAGCGCAUUUGAAUUCUACGGCGAUUCUUAUGAAGUCUAUCCGACGGGCAGUAAUGUAGAAGAAGAUACUUGUACAACCGAUGAGAGGCGGGAAGCACGUACGCACGUUGAGGCUACGCUGAAUGCAGCAAAGCUAUGCAACCAUACAAGAAAUUGCAGAACAAGAGCAAACAGAACUGAAAAACGACAACUUGGGAGGAAAAUAAAAUGCAGCUGCGGCAGAGGCGAAGAUGGCGCAAGUAUAUAAAAGCAGUUUAUGCAACAAAUGCAACAACAAAUGCUACAGUACAACAAGAAAUAGAAUCAAAAAUUGAGGGGACGACGGAAAAGGUCGGGAAAAAUUCAGGAAAAUCAAGACAUCCUAAAACACGAGGUGUAUCAGCAAAUUGAGGGCAAAAUUGCUGCCCUAGAAAGGAAGGUUGACGAAGGGCUAAACCAGCUUGAUGCCAGACUGAAUGCACUGGAAAAAGAAGUUAGUAAAGUAAUAAGUCAAAUUGCUGCGAAUGUGGAAGCCUUAGAAGAAAAAAUGGGUGAAACGUUUGCAACCUUACGAAAUGACGUCGACGCUUUAAAAGGCUAAACAGCAACUUGGUGUAGGAGACAGUGUUUCUAAGGUUCAAGCCACCAUUAUUGAUGACACCUCCAACGUGCUAGGUGAAGAAUGUCCGAGGAGGCAGAAUAAGAGCAAAAGACCAAAAGCAACCAUGCGCAAAUACUAAAAUUGCUACAAAGUUGGGCACAUUGCUCGUGAAUGUAAAUUUCGGACGAAUGACUCGCACUUAAGGUUGCCCAUCAAUAGUAAAACAGGCGUACAGCAAAAACUCCACAUAUAAGGAGAUAAAUUGAGUAAAUGACGAUGACGAUGACUGCGGUAGGCAGAAACAUGUUAACAAGUUAAUAAAUGCCGCUAAAAAAGAUGAACGUGUUGAGCCUAGUUUUCGAAGACGGGUGUCUAUGCAGGAUAUGGUACAGUAAAAAAGGUUCACGCACAAAAAGGUUGUUGGUGAUUCCAAGAGUCAAGUCCAAAGAAAUCAUAGAAAAGCGUCGUAAAGGUUCAAACUGAGAGCACUUCGGCGUUGUAAAAACUAUGGAGUAGCAGCAUGGAUGCAUAGCUGUGAGGAAAGUGGUAAAUCAAAAGCAGUGAGAUAUAAGCUAAAGGACCAAGGGUGACCAAAACGUUUUACACACGGAAAUCAGAACGCAAAUGAGAAGUUGAGAACCGGAAAUGAUCGGAAAGCGAACUUUGUUGACGGAGACAUGGUGCAACUGUAUCCAGCCAUCCCAAAGUGAUAGAUAAUCAGCAAAUUUAAAAUCUAACUGGGAAGGAUCGUAGAGUCUAUCGCAUCCAGAAGCUCAGAAAGGCGAAGCUGCAAGUUGUCGGGCACUUAAGUGGAGGGCACGUCAAUCCUGCUGUGACCCUGGGUAUGCUGGUGGCUGGUCGAGUCAGUUUAUUGCGAGCAAUCUUGUACAUAAUAUUUCAGUGCCUAGGGUCAAUAGCGGGUACUGCCGCCAUUAGGACACUCAUCGAUGAGGUCUACUAUAAUGGUUUGGGUCAUACAAGUCUGGCCCCGAAUAUAACAGAAUUGCAAGGCGUGGGAAUUGAAUUUUUCCUUGGUUUGGUUUUGGUUUUAACAGUUUUCGGAGCUUGCGAUGCCAAUAAACCAGAUUCGCGCUACAUCGCUCCGCUGGCUAUCGGUAUGGCCGUUACUUUGGGUCAUUUGGGCACAAUACGUUAUACUGGAGCUAGCAUGAAUCCUGCUCGCACUGUAGGUACUGCUUUUGCGACCAACAACUGGGAUUCGCAUUGGGUCUAUUGGGUUGGUCCAGUUUUGGGUGGCAUCGCCGCUGCUUUAAUUUAUACUCAAAUUCUUGAAAAACCAGCUGCUAAGGUUAGUGAAGUAUCGGAUAAAUACGGGACACAUGCCGAUGAGCGUGAGGUGAGGGUUGCUGCAUAUGCAUUAAAAUGUACCUUACACAUUGGUAUUAUAGAAGUUCUUACGAGUCUUAACAUGUUUUAUCUGAAAAAUAUGAUUAUCUGCAAAAAAGGUUGUGCGUCUUUAAUUCUUCGGUUGACCGUCGCAUCGAGAUAGUAAGAGCAAUUCAUCGAUCUUAUCUUGAAAAUAGCCGACCAGUAUCACGUGACAGCGUUCAUGAUUGAAGAAGACGCGUAAUCGAUAAACUCUUUUCAUCCUAACGGCGUGUAGCUACUAUAUAUUUCUUUAUCCUUCAUACUUAUGGGAAAGCAUUUGGACCGAAUGUAUAUCCCUUUCAAAAUUUUUUGAUAAUAUAUUUGCAACGAUGACUAGAUCUCUAAAUUGAAUUUUGAACGAUUUUCAUACGUUAUUGGAAAGCAUGCAUUUAUUGUUUCAAGAACAAAUGGCAGAUUUUCAUAAGAUUAGUCUUCAAAAACUACGAUCAAAUUUGCGGCAUAACGUCAGAUAAAAGAAUAUAUGAAAAUCGCGAAUAACAGUAUAGCAAUUGCAAGCCCUUAACGAUCUUAUGAAAGUCAACCAUUUGAAGGCUCGCAUUGCAUAUGUUUAUUAAUAUUAGGAUGAAGCUUUCCGCAAUAAUCACAGAUUUCGGAUUCAUUAAUAAAGUCACAUCUAGUGUUUGUCACUUUACUAGAUUAGUUCUAUUUAAAAUUUUCUAAAAUUAAGCCCGCAAGCACCAUUCACGUCCAACUAAAUAUGCUCGUGAGAAGGAAACGCGAAAUAAGAACUAGUUGAAAUUUGAUUAGGCAAGAUAACAUCAUAUUGUCGAAAUAUAUCGAUAAAUAAUGAGAAACAGCAUAACAACUUCACAAAAUAAACAUAUUGAUGUACUUAUGAUAUAUUGAUCAUUGCAAACACAUGCAAAAUUAUACAGCUUAGCCUCGAUUUUGUGUGUCUCCGUGUUAUUCGUGAUUGUAUGUCAUCAUUAUUACUAAGUCAUGUUAUACUACUAAUUGGAAGUUUUCUCAGAAAUCGUUUCAUUCCGCAAUAUAUACGAGACAAAAAACGGGGUCGUUCAUUUCUUUAAGGUUAUUUUAUAUCAGCAAGCCUCUGGCAAGGUCUCCUUAACAAGCAUUUGAAAAAUUUAACAAUGAAAAAUUUUCUCUGGAAUGUAAUUAAACGGACAGCGACUCUUCCCCUAUGAGCGGUGGUCUAAUGUGUAAAAUGUUCUGUCGAAAAAAUUAGAAGUACUCGACAAGACGAGACAAAAUGCAGCACAACAA